UGUAGUUCUGCGGCUUGCAGGAGGCACACUUGGGCUGAACGUGUUUGAGGUGCAUCCUUGUUUUUCUGUUCCUCCCUGAGAGCUUCGGAUUCUCCAGCCUGCCUUCACUGGUUUGUGUUCGGAGUCAGACUGACUUUCCAUUUGCUUUGCUCUUAUGUUACCAGAAUCAGUGCUGCAUAAUUUGAGCCUGAUAGGAUUGACUUUACAAAUGAGACCUUUAAGUCAUGUCUGCUAAGAAGUCUGAAUGAAACUCUAACUCAUACAGAUGUUUAGAAUUAUUUAAUCCAAAUUAUCAGGAUUCUGAAAUUAUUCAUAACCUAAAGUGUGCAUGGCCCUGAAGGGGAGGAAUGAGAACUGCUGAUUUAGAUGCUCUGAGAACCCUCUACUAUACAGUUUUAACCUAAGAAAUCAUUCAAGUGCUGGCAGCCCCAAAGAGAGCAUAACUUGAUAACUUGACUUUGAUAUCAUGCAUCAGAAGACCAAAUUAUUUCUCCAAGCUUUGAAGUGUAGUAUUCCUCAUCUUGGGAAAUGCAUGCAGAAACAGCAUUUGAAUCACUGUAACUUCGCUGAUCAUUAUUAUAAUAGAAUAAAAUUGAAAAAAUACCACCUAAACAAGUGUCUGCAGACUAAACCCAAGAUAUCAGAGUUAGCAAGAAACAUCCCAAGUCGGAGCUUCUCGUGUAAGGACCUUUUACCUACAAAACAAGAAAACAAAGAAUCUCUUUCAAAAAACAUGGAUGCAUUUGAAAAAGUGAGAAUAAAAUUAGAGACACAACCUCAAGAAGAAUAUGAAAUCAUCAAUGCAGAGAUUAAACAUGGUGGUUUCGUUUAUUAUCAAGAAGGUUGCUGUUUGGUUCGUUCCAAGGAUGAGGAAGCAGACAAUGAUAACUAUGAAGUUUUAUUCAAUUUGGAGGAACUUAAGUUAGACCAGCCCUUCAUUGAUUGUAUCAGGGUUGCUCCAGAUGAAAAAUAUGUGGCUGCCAAGAUAAGAACUGAAGACUCUGAAGCAUCUACCUGUGUAAUUGUAAAGCUCAGUGAUCAGCCUGUUAUGGAAGCUUCUUUCCCAAAUGUGUCCAGUUUUGAAUGGGUAAAGGAUGAAGAAGAAGAAGAUGUUUUAUUCUACACCUUCCAGAGGAACCUUCGCUGUAAUGAUGUAUAUCGAGCCACUUUUGGUGAUAACAAACGUAAUGAACGUUUUUACACAGAAAAAGACCCAAGCUACUUUGUUUUCCUUUAUCUUACAAAAGACAGUCGUUUCCUCACCAUAAAUAUUAUGAACAAGACCACUUCUGAAGUGUGGUUAAUAGAUGGCCUGAGCCCCUGGGACCCACCUGUACUUAUCCAGAAGCGAAUACCUGGGGUCCUUUACUAUGUUGAACACAGAGAUGACGAAUUAUACAUUCUCACUAAUGUUGGAGAACCAACAGAAUUCAAGCUAAUGAGAACAGCAGCUGAUUCCCCCGCAAUUAUGAAUUGGGAUUUAUUUUUCACAAUGAAGAGAAAUACCAAAGUUGUAGACUUGGACAUGUUUAAGGAUCACUGUGUUCUGUUCCUAAAGCACAGCAACCUACUUUAUGUUAAUGUGAUUGGUCUGGCUGAUGAUUCAGUUCGGUCUCUAAAGCUCCCUCCAUGGGCCUGUGGAUUCAUAAUGGAUACAAAUUCUGACCCAAAGAACUGCCCCUUUCAGCUUUGCUCCCCAAUACGUCCCCCCAAAUAUUACACAUAUAAAUUUGCAGAAGGCAAACUGUUUGAGGAAACUGGACAUGAAGACCCAAUCACAAAGACCAGCCGUGUUUUGCGUCUGGAAGCCAAAAGCAAGGAUGGAAAAUUAGUGCCAAUGACUGUUUUCCACAAAACGGACUCCGAGGACUUGCAGAAGAAACCUCUCUUGGUACACGUAUAUGGAGCUUAUGGAAUGGAUUUGAAAAUGAAUUUCAGACCUGAGAGGCGGGUGUUAGUGGAUGAUGGGUGGAUAUUAGCAUAUUGCCAUGUUCGGGGUGGUGGUGAGUUAGGCCUCCAGUGGCAUGCUGAUGGCCGCCUAACUAAAAAACUCAAUGGCCUUGCUGACUUAGAGGCUUGCAUUAAGACGCUUCAUGGCCAAGGCUUUUCUCAGCCAAGUCUAACCACCCUGACUGCUUUCAGUGCUGGAGGGGUGCUUGCGGGAGCAUUGUGUAACUCUAAUCCAGAGCUCUUGAGAGCUGUAACUUUGGAGGCACCUUUCUUGGAUGUUCUCAACACCAUGAUGGAUACUACACUUCCUCUGACAUUAGAAGAAUUGGAAGAAUGGGGGAAUCCUUCAUCUCAUGACAAGCACAAGAACUACAUAAAACGUUACUGUCCCUACCAAAAUAUUAAACCUCAGCAUUAUCCUUCCAUUCACAUAACAGCAUAUGAAAAUGAUGAACGUGUACCUCUGCAAGGAAUUGUGAACUAUACCGAGAAACUCAAGGAAGCCGUCACAGAGCAUGCUAAAGACACGGGUGAAGGCUAUCAGGCUCCCAAUAUUAUUUUAGAUAUUCAGCCUGGAGGCAAUCAUGUGAUUGAGGAUUCUCACAAAAAGAUUACAGCCCAAAUCAAAUUCCUGUACGAGGAGCUGGGACUUGACAGCACCAAUGUUUUCGAGGAUCUUAAGAAAUAUCAAAAAUUCUGAAGCACUGCAUUCAACUAGGAAUUAGAAACAUGGUGAAAUACUUGUCUUAUUUCCAACUGAGUUAGCAAAA